AUGUCGAGCUCAGGAUCCGGCUUUCUUGGCCGCUCGAGCAGCAGCAAUGCGAAUAUGCGCGGUCUGGUUCAGUUCAUCGCUGAUCUAAGAAAUGCGAGAGCGCGCGAGCUCGAGGAGAAGCGAAUCAACAAGGAGCUGGCCAACAUUCGACAGAAGUUCAAGGAUGGUAGCCUCAGUGGCUAUCACAAGAAGAAAUAUGUUUGCAAGCUGUUAUACAUUUAUAUUCUGGGCUGGAAUGUCGACUUUGGGCACCUUGAAGCCGUUAACCUGAUCUCAGCCAACAAAUACUCCGAGAAACAGAUUGGAUAUCUGGCCAUGACGCUGUUCCUUCACGAGAAGCACGAACUCUUGCACCUCGUCGUCAACAGCAUUCGAAAGGAUCUUCUCGACCACAAUGAGCUUUUCAAUUGCCUUGCCUUGCACGCGAUCGCGAACGUAGGAAGUCGAGAAAUGGGUGAAGCCCUUAAUGGCGAGGUUCACAGGCUUCUGAUUUCCCCAACCUCCAAAUCGUUCGUCAAGAAGAAGGCGGCAUUGACACUCCUCCGCCUAUACCGCAAGCACCCUGAUAUCGUGUCACCACAAUGGGCUGAGCGCAUUAUCCAUCUGAUGGACGACUCUGACCUGGGUGUCGCACUUUCAGUAACAUCUCUUGUCAUGACCUUAGCCCAAGACAACCUGGAACAAUACAAGGGAGCGUAUGCUAAAGCGGCAGCCCGUCUGAAGCGAAUCCUUAUCGAUGGCGAAUAUACAACGGACUAUCUAUAUUAUAAGGUCCCAUGUCCUUGGCUACAGAUCAAGUUACUUAGACUUCUGCAAUACUUCCCCCCUGCAGAGGACACUCAUGUUCGAGACAUGAUCCGCGAAUCCUUACAAAGAAUUCUCAACUUGGCUAUGGAGACCAACAAAAACGUCCAGCAGAACAAUGCCCAGAACGCCGUCCUCUUCGAAGCCAUUAAUCUGAUUAUUCACCUGGAUACAGAGCAUGGCCUGAUGAAGCAAAUUUCAACGCGAUUGGGCAAGUUUAUCCAGAGUCGAGAGACCAAUGUCAGAUAUCUGGGUCUGGAGGCUAUGACGCAUCUCGCUGCGCGUGCUGAAACACUCGAUCCUAUCAAGCAACACCAGGAGAUAAUUCUCGGCUCGCUGAAGGACCGAGAUAUCAGUGUUCGUCGCAAAGGCUUAGAUUUACUCUACAGCAUGUGUGAUGCAACAAACGCCCAAGUGAUUGUUGGUGAGCUCCUGCAGUAUCUCCAGAACGCCGACUUUGCUAUCCGAGAAGAAAUGGUCCUUAAGAUCGCCAUUCUCACGGAGAAGUAUGCUACUGAUGUGCAGUGGUAUGUCGACAUCUCUUUACGACUUAUUGCCAUGGCUGGAGAUCAUGUCAGCGAUGAAGUCUGGCAGCGAGUUAUCCAGAUUGUGACAAACAACGAGGAACUGCAAGUGUACGCAGCUCAGAAUGCGCUGCAGUAUGUCAAGGGCGACCACUGUCACGAGACCCUUGUCAAAAUCGGCGCCUAUAUCCUUGGAGAAUUUGGCCAUCUGGUCGCCGACCAACCUCGUUGCAGUCCUAUUGAACAGUUCAUGGCUCUUCAAGGCAAGUUGAUGGCAUGCUCUUCGAGCACCCGCGCGAUGAUUUUGUCAUGCUUCGUCAAAUACGUCAACUUGUUUCCCGAGAUCAAGCCUCAGCUUGUUCAUGUGUUUGAAUUCCAUAGCCACAACCUAGACUCAGAGCUGCAGCAGAGAGCUUGCGAGUACCUGACACUUGUGAACAUGCAAACAGAUGACCUCCUGCGAACAGUCUGCGACGAAAUGCCGCCUUUUCCCGAAAGGCAGUCUGCACUUCUCUCAAGGUUACACCAGAAGCAUGCCAACACAAGCGACCGAAGGACUUGGGUCGUGGGAGGAAAGGACGCCAAUGCUGAUGCCAGAGAGCUUAGCAUGGGAACCGGUGCCCUUAAGAGGACUUUCAGUUCUAACAUGCCACUGAAUGGCAAACCAAACGGCCAGGCCGCAAAUGCAGCCGGUACGAACGGCCACGGCAAUGGCGUAGCCGAUCUGGCUGGCCUUGACCUCAACGCACCCUCACCAUCUGAGCCAAAGUUGCUCAAGGCCCCUAACCUGGCCAGCGCAGCUCAUUUGUCGCCAGGGUGGGAACAAGGGUUUAACAAACUGCUGGUUCGGUCGGACGGUGUACUCUACGAGGACGGCCAGCUGCAGAUUGGUGUUCGCUCCGAGUACCGCGGCCAGAUGGCUUGCUUGAUCACCUAUUUCAAGAACAAGACACCGGCAACAAUAAGCUCCUUUACAACCACCUUGGACUUGGAUGAGAACGAAAAGAGUAACCUCACCUGGGAUGUCAAGAACCUUCCCGACAGCACCAUCGUGCAAGGCGGGCAAUCCCAGCAAGUUGUCAUGUUCGAGGCAAAGAAGAUAUUCGAGAAGUGCCCUACUGUACGAAUCAGCUACCUGGCUGGUGCCCUUCAAGCACUGACUCUGAAGCUUCCUGUGGCGAUACACAAGUUUAUGGACCCGGCAGAGCUUACUGCCGAGGACUUUUUCAAGAGGUGGAAGCAGAUUGGUGGUGCACCCCGCGAGGCACAAGCCAUCUUCGGAGUCAAUGGCAAGGGUGAUAGACAACUCACAGAGAGCUUUGUCACCAAGACGGUAGAGGGAUUCAGAUGGCGUGUGCUAGACAUGGUAGAUCCCAACCCAAAGAACGUCGUUGGUGCGAGUGUGCUUCACACAUCCCAGGGAGGCAAAUUUGGUUGUCUGAUGAGACUGGAGCCAAACUAUGGACAACAGAUGAUCCGAUUGACCGUUCGCGCCACGGAUGAUUCUGUCCCGGCCGUGAUGUUGAAGUACAUGCAAGAGCGACUCGCUGCAGGUAUCUCAACAUCAGCCGAUCGAUUUGAGCCACCUUCACGAGAGCAGAUUUCAGACUCUUUCCGUAAUGUGAUGGUGACCUAG